AUGGCUAUCCACCAAAUUUUUACAUGCCUGUUCAUGAAGCCACUCCAGAUGCAGAUGAUGCUACUCCUUCUCGCCGGAGAAGCUCAGGUAGUAGGAAAUACUGGCUCUGGAAGUAGUGGAUCUAAGAGAUCCCCCGAGAGUGAUGCUAGUGACUCCAACUUUUUAGGUAUUAUCGCUCGUCUAAUAGGGAGGGAUGCACCUAAGAAAAAGGCUAAAAAAAAGGUGCAAGAGUUGGAGCGGUUAAACAAAAUAGCCUACUUGCAAGAGGAGGCAAACCAAAGGCAAAAGGAGAAAAACCAAUUGAUGAAAGAAAAAACUCAGGCUAGGAAGAUGAAGAUGUGGCUGAAGCUAAGUGAAAAGGAGCAUCUGGAUGACCAGAGUAAAGAGCUGUUGCAGAAGUUGAGCUACGACUUAUUCGGAAAGUAA